CGUCGUGCCUCCUCACGCUCCGGCAGGCCCUCGCCUUUGUGCAAGCCUACAUGCCAGCGUCCCAGGCACUCCCGCUUGCGUCCACGCACGCGCUCGUCCAAGCGCUCAACAUUGAGUUUAUGCUGUACGCCAAGGUCAACGGAUCGCUGCAGCUGCUCCACACCAACGUUCUGGACCCCGCUGACCCCGGGUUUCACUUUUACGGCUGGACGUACCUCUACGACUGGGUGCUCGGUCGGCGCGAAGUCAUUUCUUUCCAAGGCGAUGUAGGUCGUCUCAAUCUCUUGAGCGACUACCAACUCCCACUCGCACAGCAGGUCCAGGCGUCGAAUCUCGCAGCGAACCUCGUCUUGUACUUUCGGGCUGGCGUCCAAUACGUCACGUGCAUGAUGCUUCUCGUCUCGGCCGUCGCCGUUGGCUACAUGCUCCGAGCUCCCACGUGCUUUCAAGGCGGCAACCUCUUCAAGCUCAACCGCGUCGGUGGUCUUGUCUGGGUCGGCCGACCGCUGCUCUUUCUCCGGAGUGCGACGGCCAUCUGCCUUCUCUGCACGAGUGGCGUCGACCUGCGCUUCUCGGGCUACCUCAGCUUCUUUCAAGUCGAGCCCGCGCCGUGGUACAAGGUGCUUCUCGCGGCGUGGGAGGUCUCGUGGUUCGUCGCGGUCGUCGACGACAUUUUGCUCGUCGCGACGCAAGAGUACGCAGCGUACUUUGUGUUUCCGAAUCUGCUACUGGUGUGCGUCGUGGUCGCGAUCCUCUCGGGCGCGUCGCCCGUCGCGGUUGCACUGCACGUCGCUCCACAGUGCGUCCACGCGGCAAUGGACUUUACCGUCGUCUGCGAGAGCGCCGACAUUGCGAUAGGCGACAUGAACCGCUUUGGAACACUCCUCCUCCUCAUGGGGACGUGCCACAUUGUGAGCUACUCGAUCGCCAAGCGGGUGGUGGGCCCAAAACCGUCAAGCCCCGUGCACUCGCUCUUGCUCUCGCUCGGCGCGCGGUACCAUUUCAACCACACAGGUCGCAUCGUCCACGGCGUCUACUAUCUGGACCGGGCGUCUGCGGCACUCAACGGCAUUCUCACGUUCAAGCUCGAGUCGACCAUGUACGCGUUUGACAUCAAGCUCUGGCGCUUCUUUGCCGCGCCGAUACGCAGCGCCGUCGACGUUCCAGGGCUCGACCAGGCCACGUUGAAUGCGUCGUUUUCGCUGGUUGAGUAGAG